AUACCUUGGUGUUACUUGCCACUACAUAACACCAGAGGCAAAGCUGGCAACUGUUGUACUGGGUGUAAGGAGGUUUUACCAAACACACACAGCCCAGCAUCUCAUGGAGGCUAAAGCUUUGCUAAUGGCCGAGUGGGGAAUAACCACCAAAGUUUAGUGUAUGGUGACUGAUAAUGCAUCCAACAUGAUCUUAAGUGCCCAGCUACUGAACCUUCGGCAUGUCCCAUGUUUUGCCCACAAUUUAAAUUUAAUUGUAAAAAAGGCCCUAGAUCAAACCCCACUCAUCAAUGAAAUACGACAGAAAGCCAGAAAGAUAGUGGGGUUAUUUAGAUCCAGCUGCAAAGCAAAGGACAAGCUUGUGGAGAUGCAGGGCUUGAUGGGCAGACCAGCUCUGAAACUGAUGCAGGAGGUGGACACAAGAUGGAACAGCACUUACGACAUGUUGCAGCGCUUGUAUGAGCAACGAGAGCCAGUGGGUGCAGCGCUAUCAAAUUUAAACAGUGAUACUGCUCCGCUGACAAGUUUUGAGUAUAACAUUAUACAAGAAUCAUUGUCACUACUGCAGCCUUUCAAACUCGCAACGACAGAGUUGUCAGAGGAACAGAGAGUGUCUGCUUCAAAGCUCAUACCACUUUACAGGAUGUUGCAGCACAAGCUAUCGCAGAAAAAAGGCCAAUCAGCACAGGAAUCAACUGCACAAUUAGGCACACACCUGCAAGAAGGUCUGCACUCAAGAUGUGGUGGGUACGAGUCAUUCAGAGCCUUGGCUCUGGCUACACUGCUGGACCCAAGGUUCAAAAAUGUGGGUUUUGGAAAUCCUGCCAAAGCCCAGGAGGCUGAAAAGCAGAUCACACUGGAGUGUGCUUCGCUGAUGCGUUCAAACACAGCAACUCCUGAGCCACAGUCAACAUCAGGCCCAUCAUCAUCAUCAUCAACAACAACAUCAACAACAGAAACCCACGACAGUUUAUGGGAACUUUUUGAUAAUCGUAUCCAUGAAACCCAGGCGAUACACAGUGCCACAGCAGAUGCCACAGUAGAAGUUAAAAAGUACCUAAAAGAUGCAUUUUUGCCAAGAACCCAUGAUCCACUAAGUUACUGGAAAGAGAGAGCUGUGAUUUUUCCUCAUUUGUAUGUCCUUGCUAAAAAUAUCUAUGCAUGCCAGCAACAAGUGUCCCUUGUGAGAGGAUUUUUUCUAAGGCUGGAGAAAUUAUCAGUAAAAAAAGAAGUAGGCUAAGCCCUUCCACAGCAGAGCAAUUAAUAU